AUGAGCUUUUUCGAUCCGCUGGGCAUGCUUUCACCAUUCACCAUUCACGGGAAGAUCCUUGUCCAACAUCUAUGGCGAAGCGGCUGUGACUGGGACGAAGAGAUUAGGAGCGACUGCUGGGACAUGUGGAAGCGUUGGAUAGGCUUGUUGUCGGACGUAGAGAACAUUCGCGUCCCCCGUUGCUAUCUCGGAGACGUUUUAUCUUCUAAGGUCGAAUCGAUUGAACUGCAUGUCUUCACCGAUGCCAGCGAACAUGCAUACGGAUGUGUCGCGUUCUUGCGUGUCGUAGUCGAAAGAGUGGUGCGGUGCAGUCUGGUCAUGUCUCGGUCCAAGGUAGCCCCGCUGAAACGCCAAUCGAUCCCCCGGCUGGAGCUGAUGGCCGCUGUCUUGGGUGCACGGUUGAGUGAAACUAUCUUCACAACGCACACUCUCAAAAUCGACCAGUGUUAUUUCUGGACAGACUCCAGAACCGUGGGCAGUUGGAUCCGCUCGGAUCAGCACAAAUUCAAACAAUUUGUCGCAUUUAGGAUCGGAGAAAUUCUGGAGCUGACACGGGCACCAGAUUGGCGGUGGAUCUCAACAAAGCUCAACAUAGCCGAUGUUUUGACCAAAUGGAGUCGAGACCCGAUUCUGCAAAGCGAUAGUGAAUGGUUCACUGGCCCUUCUUUCCUGUACCAGUCAAAAGAUCAAUGGCCGAUUACCGACACGCAGAUUGAUGAUACGAUCGAGGAAGCAAGAGGAUCUGUAAUGUUUCACGAAGUGAUCACAGACAAAAGAUGUUCCCGGUGGACUACGUUGUUAAGGGGAACAGCAUACGCAUUGCGCUUCAUAAGCAACUGCUUUCGCAGGAAAAAUAGCGUACCGAUCAUCACGACGGAGGCGACAGAGAAGCAACUGCAGCUGAUCAAAGCUCGGCGUUCUUCGGUCCAAAAACCCCUUAGCCAGGAGGAAUUAGCGAAGGCCGAGAUCGUUCUGUGGAAACAAGCGCAGUUCGAUGAGUUUCCAGACGAAAUGAGUGUACUGAUGACGAACCUUGAACUAAAGCCGGGACAGGAACCCGAAAAGAUAGGUAAAUCCAGUAGCAUCUACAAGCUCACACCAAUCCUGGAUCAGGACGGUGUUCUGCGAAUGGGCGGUCGAAUGGAAACGUCGACUGACAUACCGUUCGAUAAGAGAUUUCCCAUCAUCUUACCGCGGAAGCAUGGGCUGACCGGGAAAUUGAUUCAAUUUUAUCAUGCGAACUUCGGACACGCUAAUAAGGAGACCGUGGUAAACGAGCUUCGCCAGCGAUUCUGGAUCCCAAAUAUCCGAAGUGCGAUUUCUCAGAUAACGCGACAGUGCACUUGGUGCAAAGUGCAUCGAUGUCUACCAGUUGCUCCGCGGAUGAGUCCGCUUCCGAUACAGCGAACAACGCCUUAUCUUCGGCCAUUUAGUGCGGUGGGCAUAGACUAUUUGGGUCCCAUCGAAGUCGUCAUUGGCCGGAAAAAGGUAAAAAGGUGGGUCGCAGUCUUCACCUGUCUUGCCAUACGCGCAGUGCAUCUCGAAGUCGUCCAUACACUCACUACACAAUCCUGCAUGAUGGCCAUCCGAAGGUUCAGCAAAGCGCACGGAGCACCGGCAGAAAUCUUCUCGGACAAUGCUACGUGCUUCCGAGGUACCGCCAACGAGAUGCGGAAAAUCCACUAUGAAUGUGCAGAGGCUAUAGGUAGUGUAGCGACAGCAUGGCAUUUCACUUCACCAGCAACGCCGCACAUGGGCGGAAUAUGGGAGCGAAUGGUGCGGUCAGUGAAGGAAAGCUUGAAGGCGUUGGACGAUGGACGAACCCUCACGGAUGAAGUGCUGCUAACGGUUCUAGCGGAGACGGAAGAUGCAAUCAACUCUCGACCGUUGACGUACAUGCCUCAAGAGCCAGGCAAUGAAGAAGCGAUCACCCCGAACCAUUUUCUCCGAGAAACGGUCACAAUAGCGGACAUGAGAGUAGAUAGUUCCAUCGAUGCUGCAGAAGCCCUGCGAGAUGCCUACAAGCGGUCCCAAGACGUAGCUAACCGGACUUGGGAAAGGUGGACCAAGGAAUAUUUGCCCAUUAACAAGCGGACGAAGUGGUUCGACGAUCAGAAGCCGUUGGAAGUGAACGAUUUGGUGUUCAUCGUCGACGGGAAAAACCGGAAGUGCUGGACCAGAGGUAUCGUUGAACAGGUGUUUAGCGGAACGGACGGGCGGAUCAGGCAAGCGAACGUCAGAACGGCCGGAGGAGUAUUCCGUCGUGCAGUAGCAAACUUGGCGGUGCUCGAGGUACGUGACGGUAAAUCCGAGACUUCUUGAGGACCCACCGGAUGUUACGGGCUGGGGUAUGUUGCGCCCACAGUGCGGCCCGACGGUGUAAGCGCCGACGGCCAGACGGAAUGUACCCUCUAGAUUGGCAGCUGCCUGACAGCGAGAUUUGAACAAUAGGGAGGAAGAUAAGCAACCAGUUUUCAUUAGUGAGUGAGAAAGUUUUAAGAUUUCCAAAUUUAUAUUGCGAAUUAUUAGUGCAAAUUAAAAUUAAAACACAUUAGUUUGCAAAGCAGAAGUAGUUCGGAAGACAUAGUUAAUAGUAGUCGAAGAUUUAUUCACCUGUAAGUAGAUAGAAAAUAUUAGAAGACACAUAAUAACAAACGCGUGUACUUACCCACAGCGACCGCAGCACCUGUUGUAUGUAACCUGAAAAGAAGAGAUUAAAAUAGAAAAAAACACAAACGAUCGAUUCGAAUAGCAGGCAAAAACAGUGCGCUGAGAUAGGCAAUUUGGAAGAUCGCAAAUUGGUAGAGGAACUUGUGGCGUGCAAGAAGGAAAAUAUAGGCGAAACUAUUUAUUGUAAGCUUUUAAAAAUAUUUAAAACGGAAACUAAAAAUAACACUAAACUUCUGUAAAUAAAUUCUCUUCUAGUUUGAGCUGUGCAAAUCAACACUGCUGCAAAAAAGUGGUUCGAUUCUAUCCGAACAGUUGGCAUAAUUUCUAAGGCAUGUCUAUGUAGCGUUUUAUGUGUGGUUGACCUUUUUCCGAAAAGUAUGAUGAAUUCAAAGGCUUCUUUUGUUGCUCUCAUUAUUAUGGACGUUUUAUUAAUUUUUAUGAUUCGUAAUAAUUUUUCUUCUUCUAGUGAAUAAACUAGUUGUUUUAAUUCAUUGGAGUUUUCGACUGCGAUCGGGUUCACCUUAUUUUUCUCAAGCUGCGAUAGUACGUUAUGUAUCGCACUGAGACCCAUUUUGUUUGUUAUUUUCCAAACAUCAAGAAAAUUUAAUUCGGGAAAAAGGAAUC